UCCCUUACAAAUGUUACUUCAAAAUUACGUAUCAGAAGGAAGCAAGGAUAAACUAAUCCCAGAGAGGAGGCAGAAGAAGUCAGAUAGACAAGGUGAUGAUGAGAGGGAGAUACCUUAUUCCAAGCUAGACCCUAUCCCAUACACAGAAUUCAUGGAAAACAAUGAAGAAGGAAUGGACAACUACAUGGAAGAAACUGAUGACGAGAUCAAGGUGAGGAGACAAAUAUCUGACUGAUGCGAGUAUGAUGUUGAAGAUAGCCCUACUGAGCCUAUCUUUCAUGGUAAAAUGGGCGCAACAAGUUCUCAAAGUUAUUACAGAAAUUUCAUACCUCAUGAUAGGGAAGAAGACUUAUGAAACAUGAAGUCAAAAGCUAACGCAACCAAUAGACCUAAAGACACAGAUGGUUCUCCAUGUAGUCUAAUGGAUAACUACAUGCGAGCAGGAAAAACAAUGAAGACUAAGAUUCAUUCUUCUGAAUGGAAAUCUAAAUAAAUUCAGAGAGAAUAAGAUUCCUACUAAUACAAGCUUUUCCGGUGUGGAUAAAUCAAAGAACUUUGGAUUGAAGAACUAUGAGUCGAGAAAGAACCAAUACCAAUCAAAGAAUAAAUCAUUUGACCUGAUAAGUUAUCACAGUAAACGCAAAUCUAAAUUUACUAAGAGAAAUAAUUGCCACAGCUUUUAUUAUAAUGUCAAUGAACUUCUGAAAAAUGCUGGCACUGCAAACCCGAAAGGAGGAAAAUCAAAGAAAAAGAAAUCCGCAAUGGACUCUAAAAAUGGGCCUCUCAAGGCUAACACUUUUAGUAAAAAACAAAGAUUUAAUAAGACCAGUAUGAAGCAGAGAAGAUCCGUAACCACUACAAGAGGGGCUGAUAUAUCUCCCCAAGUGAAGGAAAGCAUGAGCUCAGACAUUCAAAGACAAACUAGCUCCAGUUGAGUAGAGCGAUACAAGAAGCCCAUGAUAAAAUGAUCCUUCAAAAAUGAUAUGCUCAUGAAAUCCAACCAACUGGAUCUGUACGAAUUCAAAGAUUCCAACGGAAUAGGCGGAACAAAGAAAGCAUUCUCUUUUAUUGGAAACAACAAAAAAUCUAAGAAGCAAUCCAAUUCAACUGGUCCAGGAAAAAGAAACACUUACAGGAAGAGUAAUGGAUAUUCAAAGAAAUCCCACUCAUUUUCGAUGACCAAGAAGUUUAGAGGACUCAAGAACAUAUGCAUGAAGGAUCCUUCAUUAAGAGUGAGACAGCAUAAUCAAACUCCGAACAACCAAAUUGGAGGAAUUAUACCUAUCCAACCGGUAAAAAGUAUGAAAAAUACUAGCAACUGUAACAUGGGCACUAAUAAGAAUAUAUUACACCAAGCUAGCACUAGAAGAAAGCCAAUUAAAAGCUCAAAGAAUUACUAUGAUCAAGAGAAAGACAAAUUCUGGCAAUGGGAUAUGCUUGCCAAGACCUCGUUGUCCAGAGGAAAGAGGUCAUCAAUUCUAGAUCUCUCCGGAAUCAUUCCUAUCUCUGGCAAUCGGACAACUCUUCUGAAGAAGAACAGUGUGAAUGUACCAAACUAUCGGUCCUCAUCCAAGAAUAACUUCUGUAUGAGCAAUAGGCAAAAUCUAAGAGAAAUGAGAGCAUCAGAGCAAAAUUCAGCCACAACAAACUAUGUAAAAGGAAAUCCACUAUCAUUUCAAAUUCAAAAUGAUAAAAAUGACUCCAGAUGUUGAAUCAGUGCGAUUGGGAUGCAUACUCAUUACUUGAAUAACUCUAUUGAGGAUUCUGAGGAACUUCUCGAAUUUACUAACAGAAAUAAUCUAAAGAAGCAGAUGAUCACCCAGAAAUAUAACUCAGGGCGCUUCCAAUAUUCUUCUCAGGAAGGGAAUCCUAACUAUUCAAGUUUAUCAAAUAUGGACUUUCAUGAAGAAAAGUCCUCUACUCGUCAAAGGAAUAGAACUUCAACUGGUGGUUAUCCUCAAUCUAGGAAGCAGAAGAGCAAAACGUCAAAGGGAUAUUACAGACCUGCACCUGACAAACAGGAUAAUAAAGCAACUUCAAAAUCUAAAAAGAGGAAGGCUUCAAAAAGGAAUAGAAGCAAAAACCACGAUAAUGCUUAUACUCCUAUCUCAAGGACAAAAUUCUCAAAAAUUAAGAACGCUAACGAUUUCUCAAAUGAAGUUGAUAACUUAUCGAAGAAGAAGAGAAGAAAAACUCAUGGUGAUGCCCCUAAGCAUCAGAAAAAUGCUAGUGAUAACUCCGUUAUUUACAACUCUCAGAAUGGAGGUAAUAACAUACGUGAUAAAGACCUUAAGAAAGGACAAAAGCAGCAAGUCAAUGGAACUGCUGCUUAUUCUCCUUACAUGACUAGCAAUGGGAAUCUGAAAAAGAAUUCUCAGAGAUCUAAGUCUACCAACCCUCAUAUAUCUAAUAACCAUCAGAAGCUAAACUGUUUUGAAGGAUUUGUAAAUAUUGACCUUUCCAGGCUUCCUCAUGAUAUGACCCAGAGAGAGGUUGUAGAGACCAUGAUAAGAAAACAUGAGUUAUCCAACUUCAUGUAUUCUGAUGAGGAUAAAGACACUAGCAGGUACAUUGCCCAAAACCUCGAGGAUAGAAGAACCUGUAGAAGAUCUCAAUAUAACAAAAAUAAUGACAUUCUCAUCACUGGUAACAAAAGUUCCUCCAAAGAGAAGAUUACUGAUAAGAAUUCAAAAGAGAAAUUGAAUACAAUCCCGAUCAGGAUUGACACAAUUGAGACUGAAAAUAAUGACUCUAGGGUGUCAGAGACUCCAAAAGAUUGUAUCAUUACUGAAGCAAACGUUACUCAAAUGCUCACCAAAAUGGAGGAAGACCUAGCAUUCCUCAAAUCGUGCGACAAGUCUAAAGAAAACCAAAGCAUUAAAGCCCAGGAAGAGAAGAAGUUCUUCGUUUACUGUCGUAUGUUCGAUGAAAUUUCAGAUAAUUUUCCUAAACUCAAGCAACUAAUGCAGAGUAUCAAGGAAGGCCUUCAGUCUUCUAUCAGAAGUAUUGUCGCUAACGAGAUCAAAGAGAAAGGAAUGCGAGAAAACAGCAUGAUACUACAAGAAAGAGAGAAUUUAACAAAGAUUAAACAAAAAUAUGUAGACUAUCAGCUCAAAAUUGAUCAGCAAGAAGAUUUGAUCAACAGCAAAGAAGAUAUUAUCACUGACAUUCGCAGUGAAAACGAAAGUCUCAAAAAGAUGCUUGAAAAUCACAGAAUAAACGGAAUGAAGCUUCAGGAUGAAAAUGAUCGCCUCACUCUUGAAAUUGAAAGAAUCAGAAAAGUGGAAGAAGACCUAAUCGAGAAAUAUGAAGGCCUUGAAUCAACCGACGGAGAUCUUGCCCUUGCACUAAAAGAAAUCAGAGAGCAAGAGAAAAUAGAUCAACAAGCUAAAUUUGAAAAAUAUGCCAAGGAUGUCCCAAGAUUAGAUAUGGAGAAAGUGCAAGAAAUAAUCCGACUUAAAUGUGAAGCCGACUGAACUGACAGUAGCUACUGAGAAGGUGAAGAGUCAGAAACUUCAGGGUAUGAGGACUCUGUACUCAGAUCAGGAGAUAUCAAACAAUAUAACUCAGAAAGGAAUGAAUAUGACGAUAGUUCUUCAAACCAAAGCUUCAUGAAUGCUAAGCAAAACAUUAAGGCACUUCUUGGAAGUCCAAGUCUAAAAUUAAAAAUAAAGCAAAAAUCUAAAUCAAAGCUUAGUGAAAGAUCAGAUAUUAUUGAAUGCAAUAAAACAAAGCCUGAGAAACCAGAAGAAGAUGCUGAAAACAAAAACUUGUUUGAUUAUUCAAAGUCCAAACAAGUUGAUCUUCAACACCAAAUAAACUUUGAAAAUACAGAUGAUCAAUGAGAUUUUGAACCAACCCAAGAAGAGAUGGAAGAAGAAAAUUCAUGAAUUGGAAGUGACAAAUACAUGCUUUAUGAUGACUCUUCAUCAUCAGCUUCAUACUAUAGUGCUUCAAUGUACGAAUCUGAGAGAAAUAAUGUAAACAUACCUUGUCUGAAUCUUGGAGGUCCUCCUGCUAAACCAAAAGCAGCUGCACCGACUGAACCUCCAAAAUUACAGCUUGUGCAACCUCCAAAACAGGAGCAGAAACAGAAAAAACAGGAAAAACCUAACCUUGAGAAGAUCAAGCACAAGGAUUUCCAAGAUGAAUUUAUGGAAAAUUACGAAGAUUUCUCAGAAUCUUGGAGAGAACAAAUUCAAAGGGAGAAAAGAUUUUAAAUCCCCAUAUUACUGCACUUCCGAGCUAAAUUAAUUAACUAUUCAAAGAGUU